UAUAAUUGUAGUGGACCAAAAACUGGAACAAAAAAAAUGCGCGUGCGAUGGUGGCAAGUAGUGGCGUUGUGCGCUUGCGCUAUGGUGCUGCGCAGCAACGCGUUGCCGCCUGCUACGUUGGGUGACGUUGUGGCCAAUGCUGCCUCCAGUCUUAACUCUAUGAAGGUGACGGGAGCAUGGCGUCGAUUAUCGAGCACAGUUUCCGAAUCGGUGGGUCUGAAGCACGCGCUCCGGCGGCUGCAGGCUGUGCCGGCACGAGCUGCGCGUUUGGUGCACGCACUUGUGGACCGCAUGCGCGUGGGCGGCGGACCAGUGGUUAUGACGGAGCUGGGUGCUCUGCGUGGACGCAGGCUGCUUGCACGAACAGCAGCACAGACGCCGUACUAUAGUUUUAAAGGAAUUAGAUACGCACAAUCGCCUCGAGGGUCGUUCAGGUUUCGUCCUCCAGCACCAUUAGAGCCGUGGUCAGGAGUGCGAGACGCGUUGGAAGAGGGCGCAGUGUGCCCCCAUAGGUUUAUGCUGUUUGACACUUACAAGGGCGAUGAGGACUGCUUGUUCCUCAAUGUAUAUACACCAGCACUGCCUGAGAAAAUUACUGGCUUCAAUCCUAAAUUAGCAGUAAUGGUAUGGAUCCAUGGAGGGGCCUUCGCAGUAGGCUCUGGCAACUCGUUCCUAUAUGGGCCGGACCAUCUAGUGGGGGCAGGAGUGGUGCUAGUGACCCUUAACUAUCGGCUUGGAGCUCUUGGUUUUCUCAGUAUGGAGAAUGAAGAAGUCUCUGGCAACAUGGGCUUGAAGGACCAAGUGAUGGCGCUGAAGUGGGUGCGAGACAACAUCGAGUAUUUCGGCGGCGACGCUACUCGCGUCACGAUCUUCGGCGAGUCAGCCGGUGCCGCCUCCGUGCACAUGCAUAUGCUCUCACCUAUGUCUAAGGGUCUAUUCCAUCGAGCGAUCGCACAGAGUGGGUUGGCGCUGUCCCCGUGGGCAUUGGCGCGGGAGCCGCGAGAAAGGGCUUUUGACCUGGGACGCGAGCUCGGCAUUGAUACUAAUAACACAGCUGAAUUACUUGGUUACCUUCGUGCCACACCAAGCGAAUUACUUGUAAAGGCAGGAGCUCGUCUAGCCGGCGCGCCUGGUAAGACUGCUGACCUACAGAGUACCGUGGCUCUGCCAUUCGUACCUGUCGUUGAACCUGAUGUACCUGGCGCUUUCCUCACUAAGAGCCCACGAGAAAGUCUACCAGGCGUCGACGUACCACUGCUUACUGGUUUCAAUGCGCAGGAAGGCAUCAUUCUCUUCCGACGUCUUCAGCGCUACCCUAAACUGCUUUCCGAGCUUGACCGCGAAUUCCGACGCGUGGUUCCGCCGCAGCUACUGAACGACGACGAGGAGCGCACACGCAAGAUUACUGAACAUAUCCGCGCCUUCUACUUCCAACAACGCCCUGUUGACAUGAGAAAUAUUGACAGCCUUAUCGAUUUAUUCACCGACGUGAUGUUUCUGCGACCGAUUCUGGAAACCCUACGAAUACAAGCCACUACGAACCGAACCAGUCCAACUUACCUUUACCGGUUUGCAUUUGACGGGGCCCUAGGCCUCUUCAAGAGGAUGUUGGGUAUUACACACCCUGGGGCAUGUCAUGGGGACGAGAUGGGGUACCUCUUCUAUUUCUCCAGGCUGAAUUAUAGGCUGGAUGAUGAUUCCACGGAGUUGGCUGUUUCACGACGCAUGGUUGAGAUGUGGACAAACUUCGCUAAAACUGGGAACCCGACACCUCCCGCAGAAGGCAAAUCAGCCUUAGACCUGGAGUGGCUACCAGUAAACGAUACUGCACACCCUCUGUACCUCGAUAUUACUGGCGCAUUUUCUAUGAAGACAGAUCCUGAAGCGAUCAGGGUCCGACUCUGGGACUGGCUCUACGACAACUAUGCUACCAACAAAUCAUAAUCUCAUAAGUUUCGAUAGUGCCUUGUAGCAGUGAAAAAUGCUAUAAUUUUAAUAUAUAAAGGCAGAGACAGUGCUUCAAUAAGUUGGUAUUCUGUAUAAACAAAAAUGUACCUGGAAUUCUAACUAGAGUAUAAAAGUGAAGUGCCUUUAAAUAGAAUGACUUGAUCUCAAAGAUUGACUCUCCCGGAGGAAUCCAGUGAGCGUGAAACAAAUGUCUGUUAUUAUUUGGCUUAAUCCAUUUCUUACUUAUAGAAGAGGACUACGAAGCCACAUUCUUUGUAUACCAUGUUACCUACAAUGAUAAUAAGUUUAGUUUAUAUUAGUUUGUAAGUUGUUAUUUUAAAGUAUAAGACGGUAGUAAAUGAUGGGAUUUUUUGGAAACUUGGUUCUGCUUGUAUUAUACAAUUUGUUUGUGACAUACAGACUACUAAUUGUUAAAUUUUAGAAUGGUCGUGAUCAAUGUUAAGUCUAAGUUAAACUAAUUGAAGCUAUUAGCGUAAAAGUGGUGUAACCCACAUUUUU